UUCAAAGAAAGUCAAUCUUCUUUCGUCUUCCAUAUUGGAAAAGUCUACUAGUUCGACAUUGUUUGGAUGUCAUGCAUAUUGAAAAAAAUGUGUGUGAGAGUAUUAUUGGUACCUUACUUGAUAUUCCCGGCAAAACUAAGGACGGUGUAAAUAGUCAUUUAGAUCUCGUUGAAAUGGGUAUACGACAAUCUCUGGCACCUGAGAAGAAAGGUGAACGUUUAUAUUUGCCUCCUGCUUGUUUCACUUUAUCCAAAAAAGAGAAACAAACAGUUUGCAAAUCACUUGCAAAUAUGAAAGUACCCGAUGGUUACUCGUCUAACAUCAAAAACUUGGUGAAUGAGACUGAAUUGAAACUAAUGGGUCUGAAAUCACAUGAUUGUCAUGCGUUAAUGCAACAUCUACUUCCAAUUGCCAUUAGAUCAGUCUUGCCAAAAAAUGUUCGAGAGUGUUUGACACAUGUUUGCAUUUUCUUUAAUAAGUUGUGCGGGAAGGAAUUAGAAUUGGAUAAGUUAGAUGCAUUACAUGAACAUGUAGUCAAAACAUUGUGCAACUUGGAAAAGUUUUUUCCGCCAUCUUUUUUCGACAUCAUGAUCCAUUUAAUGGUUCAUCUAGUGAGAGAAGCAAGGCUGUGUGGGCCGGUGUGGGCGAGAUGGAUGUAUCCAUUUGAAAGAAAUAUGAAGGUACUUAAAAGUUAUGUGCGUAACCACUAUCGGCCAGAAGCAUGUAUGGUUGAGUGCUACAUAUCUGAAGAGGUUGUGGAAUUUUGUUCAGAGUACAUGGCUGGAGUUGAGGCAAUAGGAAUUAGCAAACCAAGAACUGACCCAGAUGAUGUUGAUAGAGGAUUAAGGGGCAAAGGGACAAUGGUGACAGUGUCCAAGCUUGAACUAGAUCAAGCUCAAUUAGUCGUGAUGAACAAUAACGCAGAGGUUCAACCAUAUAUAACUGACCAUAUGGAGCUGUUACAAUCAAUGGUUCCAAGAAAUCAAAAAAAUAAACAAAAAUGGGUUGCAGACCAACAUCGUCAAACUUUCAUUGGGUGGUUAAGGAAUACCAUUAUAGCAAAGUUGAACGAACCGAAUCAUGGAGUAUCUGAUGUGUUGAGUCGUAUUGCCCUUGGACCAACUUUUGCGGUUGCAAAGCAUGAAGCGUACAUUGUAAGGGGUAAACGUUUUCAUACAAAGUCAAGAGAUGAUGCUCGAGAGGUUCAAAAUAGUGGUAUACGUAUCGUCGCAGAAACUAUGCACUUUGCAAGUGCAAAAGAUAGAAACCCUGUUUUAGGUACUAUGACGUAUUACGGGGUCAUUGAAGAAAUAUGGGAGCUCAAUUAUUUUGCGUUCCGAAUUCCACUUUUUAAGUGUUCUUGGGUUGACAACAACGUUGGAGUAAAAACUGACGAGCUUGGUUUUACUUUGGUUGAUUUAAGUAAGAGAGGAAGCAAGAAUGAUCCAUUCAUCAUGGCUAGCCAAGCAGCUCAAGUUUUUUACAUUUCUGAUCCGGCUAAUGAUAAAUGGUCUAUUGUUUUAUCGACACCCGAGAGGAGGUUCUUAGAGACUGAAGAGGAUGAGGAGAAUGCUGACUUAUGUUACGAUGACUUCAUUGUUGGACAACCAAUUCAUGAGCAACUCAUGGGAAUUGAUCGUAACAUUGAGGAAGACGACGCUGAAUACAUUAGAAACGAUAUCAAUGAGGGAAUAUGGGUCAAUUGUGAUUCAGGCAAACAUAAACAAAAAAAGAAAAGAAAACGUGUCUAAUUGGUAACUUGAUAUAU